CUAAGCUUCCGAGUCCAUUCCUUUGGGUAACAUGGCUAUCGGAGUUGUUGGCAAUGAGGACCCGACCCGAAACUACAACGGAAGGGUAACAGUUUUUGUUCUCCUCUCUUGUCUGGUUGCAGCAUCCGGCGGUUUUCUCUUCGGCUAUGAUCUUGGAAUCUCAGGUGGAGUGACUUCUAUGGACACAUUCCUGAACGAAUUUUUCCCGGACGUGUACAAAAAGAUGAAAGCAGACACUCACACUAGCAACUAUUGCAAGUUCAACAGCCAGCUUCUAACCGCCUUCACUUCUUCUUUAUACAUCGCCGGGCUCGUCGCCUCCUUGUUUGCUUCGUGCGUCACGCGGACGUUCGGGCGGAGGUCGUCGAUGGUCCUCGGCGGUGCCCAUGUUCUUGGCUGGUUCGGUGCCUCGAGCGGCAGCGUCAAUGUCUAUAUGUUAAUCCUUGGCCGGGUCUUGCUUGGUGUCGGCAUCGGAUUCACUAAUCAGGCAAUCCCGUUAUACCUCACAGAAAUGGCACCUCCGCGGCACCGCGGGUCGCUCUACAACUUCUUCGAGCUCUCCCUCAGCCUCGGCAUCCUCGUCGCCAACCUAAUCAACUACGCCGCGCAGAAGCUCCACUCGCCCUCCAACUGGCGAGUCUCCCUCUCCGUCGCCGCCCUCCCCGCCUCCUUCCUCGCCCUCGCCUCCUCCCUCUUCCUCCCUGAAACCCCCUCCUCCCUCCUCCACCGCUCCUCCGACCUCGAUAAAACAUCCCAACUCCUCAAAAAACUGCGAGGCACCGACGACGUCCAGGCUGAGCUCAGCGACCUCGUCUCCGCCUGCUCUGCCUCUAAGGCCACCGCUCACCCCUUCAGAAAAAUGCUAGCCAUAAAGCAUCGGCCUCAGCUCAUCGCCGCCAUCGCCCUCCCUUUCUUUCUACAGGUUACAGGAAUCAAUGCCGUCAACUUCUACGCGCCUGUCGUCUUCAGGACCAUCGGGUUUAAGGAGAGCGCCUCGCUCAUGUCGGCCGUGGUGACCAGGGUCGUUGCUACUGCUUUCAACUGUGUUGCGAUUCUCGCCGUCGAUCGCUGUGGACGGAGGAGACUUUUGCUUGUUGGCGGGAUUCAGAUGCUGGCGAGUCUAUUUCUCGUCGGGGGGAUAUUGGCAUCGCAGCUGGGGGAUCAUGGGUCAAUCAGAAAGGAAUAUGGCUAUAUUAUUUUGGCCAUAGUUUGCGUUUACGUCGCGGGAUUCUCUUUGUCUUGGGGACCAUUGGCGUGGUUGAUCGCCGUUGAGGUUUUGCCGCUGGAGAUUAGGUCGGCAGGGCAGAGUAUCGCGAUGGCGGUUGGGUUUCUGACGACGUUUGUUAUAGCGCAGGGGUUCCUCGGGAUGCUUUGUUGGAUGAAGUGGGGGAUAUUCUUCUUGUUUGGUGGGUGGGUGGUGGUGAUGACGGUGGCUGUUUAUUGGUUUUUGCCGGAGACGAAGAGCGUGCCGUUGGAGAGAAUGGAGGGGGUUUGGAGGGAACACUGGUAUUGGAGGAGAUUUGUUGGUGAUGGAGGAGUGGAGAUAAGAGGGGAUUUGUCGACAAAAGGUUAAUAUUUUCGAUCGACUCUGAGAAUUACAAUCUUGUGUGACGUUUGUUGGAUGUAUAUUAUGAGAUAGAUGUUAGUAUUUGUUUGUUUAAAAAAAAAAACAAGAUAGUCCCACAUUGAAAUUUUGAACAUUCUUUUAGAGGCUUAAAAGCAUUGAAUGCUUAGUGGGCUUUGAAUAA